AUGCGUUUCUCUUUCUUCACGGCUAUAGCCGCAGUGGCUUCGUUGGGUCAUGCCCUUCCCGGUAAACUGCAGGCUCGAGAUGUUUCAACCACUGAACUGACCCAGUUCGAUUUCUGGGUCCAGUAUGCCGCAGCGUCAUAUUACCUUGAUGUCUAUACGGCUCAAGUGGGAGCCAAGAUCGUUUGUUCGAAAGGCAACUGUCCCGAAGUGGAGCAAGCGGGUGCGACUGUAUUUUAUGACUUCUCCAACGCCACCAUCACCGACACCGCUGGUUUCAUUGCAGUAGACCACACCAAGGCGGCCGUUGUUCUCACCUUCCGUGGGUCCUACUCAAUUCGCAACUGGAUCACCGAUGCCUCAUUCCUAUACACCAACCCCGAUCUCUGCAAGGGAUGUUUCGCCGAACUCGGCUUCUGGAGUUCCUGGAAACUCGUCCGCGACGACAUCACCAAAGAACUAAAAGAAGCUUUCUCCCAGAACCCCGACUACGAGCUUGUCGUAGUGGGCCACAGCCUCGGUGCCGCCAUCGCAACCCUUGCUGCUGCUGAUCUCCGGGGCAAAGGAUACCCGUCAGCUAAGCUGUACGCAUAUGCUUCGCCUCGCGUGGCGAACGCGGCUUUGGCCAAGUAUAUCACGGCGCAGGGAAACAACUACCGCUUCACUCACACCAAUGAUCCGGUCCCUAAGCUGCCGUUAUUGACUAUGGGCUAUGUUCAUGUCAGUCCUGAGUAUUGGAUCACAUCACCUAAUAACGCUACUGUCAGUACUUCUGAUAUUGAGGUUAUUCAGGGGGAUGUUUCCUUCGCGGGGAAUACUGGAACUGGUCUACCAUUGUUGACCGACUUCGAGGCGCACAUCUGGUACUUUGUGCAGGUUGAUGCUGGCAAGGGCGAUGGACUGCCCUUCAAGAGGGUUUAA